ACAGAGAAAUGAAGUGGAAGCUAGGUGACUGGGGUCCUUGCUCUUCCUCCUGUGACAUCGGGGACCAGAUACAGUCUGUACAGUGUGUCUCAGUGGAUCCCAGGGGACAGUCAGUACCUGUAGAAGAUGCCCAGUGUAUUCAGCUGUAUGGCCAGAAGCCAGAGUACAGGAGGUCUUGUAAUGAAAAUGUUCCUUGUCCUUACUGGACUGCAAUGGAAUGGUCCUCUUGUAACAAGGCCUGUGGUAUGGGGGAACAGACUCGCAGUGUACUGUGUAUCAGUAUAGACAACAGGAGGCUAGCAGAGAGUGCCUGUGAUCCUACAAAGAAGCCAACCCCCACACGACCUUGUAUGGUCAAGCAGUGCCCUGAAGGUCCCUUAGAAAACUGUAGAAAUUCGCUGUUUGGAUGUUGUCCUGAUGGUAGGACACCUGCAAGAGGCCUGAAUUUAGAUGGAUGUGAAGUGACUUGCAAGGGUACAAGGUAUGGUUGCUGUCCAGAUCAGAGAACCACAGCAAGAGGUCCAAAUGGGGAAGGGUGUGGAUCGGACUGUUCAAGAUCCAGAUAUGGAUGUUGUCCUAACAGUCAGAAUCCUGCUAAGGGGCCCAAUGGAGAGGGUUGUUCUACUCCUUGUUCUAGAUAUAGAUAUGGGUGUUGUCCAGAUAAUGUAACUGUAGCUAGGGGUCCUAAUGGUGAGGGAUGUCCCACUUCAUGUUCUGACAGUCAGUAUGGAUGUUGUGCGGAUGGGAAAACUGAGAAGAGAGGACCUAAUAAUGAAGGAUGCUCCAAUGAUUGUUUGAGAUAUCCAUAUGGAUGCUGUUCUGAUAAUAUUACUCCAGCUAGAGGUCCGAAUGGUGAAGGAUGUCCAAGCUCCUGUAGAGACAGUAGAUAUGGAUGUUGUCCAGAUGGUAGAAGUGAAGCUAGAGGACCAAAUGGACAAGGUUGUUCUAUUGACUGUUCCAGAUACAGAUUUGGUUGUUGUCCUGACAACGUUACUGCAGCUAGAGGUCCAGAUGGAGAGGGCUGCCCUAACUCUUGUAGUAAGUCCAAAUAUGGAUGUUGUCCUGAUGGAAAGACAGAGGCAAGAGGUCCAGAUGGGGAGGGAUGUUCACCAGACUGCUCUAGAAGACAAUUUGGUUGUUGCUCUGACAAUAUAACCCCAGCAAGAGGUCCAAACAAAGAGGGCUGUCCAAGUGAAUGCUCUGCCUCUCAAUUUGGUUGUUGUCCUGAUGCAAAAACAGAAGCUAGAGGACCCAAUGGAGAAGGAUGUCAACCAGACUGUUCUCGCUAUAGAUAUGGAUGCUGUUCAGAUAAUGUAACUCCAGCCAGAGGUCCAAAUGCUGAGGGUUGUCCAGUAAAUUGUACAUUGUCACAGUAUGGUUGCUGUCCAGACAGGGUCACAGAGGCUCAAGGAUUUAAUUCUGAGGGUUGUCCCAGUGAAUGUCAGAACAGCAGAUAUGGAUGUUGUUCAGAUGGGAGCACAGAAGCCAGAGGACCUAAUGGAGAAGGGUGUCCUUUCGACUGCUCACGGUAUCCCUAUGGAUGUUGUCCUGAUAAAUCAAUCCCUGCAAGAGGUCCAAAUGGUGAAGGAUGUCCUAACUCAUGUGUAAAUGGUAAAUAUGGAUGUUGUCCAGAUGGUAGAACAGAAGCUAGAGGACCUAAUGGACAAGGUUGUUCUAUUGACUGUUCCAGAUACAGAUUUGGUUGUUGUCCUGACAAAGUUACUCCUGCUAGAGGUCCAGAUGGAGAGGGCUGUCCUAACUCUUGCAGGAAUUCUACUUAUGGAUGUUGUCCAGAUGGAAGAACAAAGGCAAGAGGCCCAAAUAGGGAGGGUUGCACUAUUGAUUGUUCUAGAUACCAGUAUGGAUGUUGUCCAGAUAAUGUAACUCCUGCAAGAGGCCCCAAUAAAGAGGGCUGUCCUAGUAACUGCACUGUGUCUCAAUUUGGCUGUUGUCCUGAUCAGGUGACUGAAGCAAAGGGAUAUAACAUGGAAGGUUGCCCAAGUGCUUGCUUAAGGAGCAGGUUUGGAUGCUGCCCAGAUGGCAAAAGAGAAGCCAGGGGGCCAAAUGCAGAAGGAUGUUCUGUGUCCUGUGAAGAAACACGAUUUGGAUGUUGUCCUGAUAAUCAGACUCCAGCAAGAGGACCCGGUGGAGAAGGCUGCAAUACUGAAUGUUCAAGGUAUCCUUAUGGAUGUUGUUCAGAUCAAGUUACACCUGCAAGAGGUCCAAAUGGGGAAGGAUGUUUAAGAAACUGUGCUGAGUCUCAGUAUGGGUGCUGCUCAGAUGGAAGAACUGAAGCUAAAGGUCCCAAUCAGGAAGGUUGUUUAACAGAUUGUGCCAGAUACAGAUAUGGAUGUUGUUCAGAUAACAUCACUCCUGCAAGAGGUCCAAAUAAGGAAGGAUGUCCAAGUAACUGUACUUUGUCUAUAUAUGGAUGUUGUCCAGAUCAAGUGAAUGAGGCUCAGGGAUAUAAUUAUGAAGGAUGUCCACCCGAGUGUAUGCAAUCUAGAUAUGGAUGCUGUCAAGACAAUAAAACAAGAGCAAGAGGUCCUAAUGGAGAGGGGUGCUCUAAUGAUUGCUCCAGAUACAGAUUUGGAUGUUGCUCAGAUAAUAUAACACCUGCUAGAGGUCCAGAUGGUGAGGGCUGCCCAAAUUCUUGUUCUACCUCAAGGUAUGGAUGUUGUGAAGAUGGACAGACAGAAUCCAGAGGUCCAAAUAGAGAAGGAUGUCCCACUAAUUGUUCCAUAACACAGUAUGGUUGUUGUCUGGAUGGGAAAACUGCAGCUAGUGGUCCAGAUGGCGAGGGAUGCUUCAAUGAAUGUUCUAGAACAAAAUAUGGCUGUUGUUCUGAUAAUCAGACACCAGCUCAAGGUCCAAAUGAAGAGGGAUGUGCUGUUGAAUGCUCAAGAUAUAGAUUUGGUUGUUGUCCAAAUAGUCAGAAUCCUGCUAGAGGACCCAAUGGAGAGGGUUGUUCUAUUCACUGUUCCAGAUAUAGGCACGGUUGUUGUGCAGAUAAUGUAACUAUAGCAAGGGGUCCUAAUGGUGAGGGAUGUCAAUUUGAUUGCUCUAGAUCUGAGUUUGGUUGUUGUGAAGAUGGAAGAACUACAGCAAGGGGUCCAAAUAGAGCGGGAUGUCUUAAUGAAUGUGCAAGAACUAAAUAUGGAUGUUGUUCUGACCAAAAGACUCCUGCUAGGGGCCCUAGACAAGAGGGUUGUCCAGCAAAAUGUAGAAAUUCGAUAUUUGGAUGUUGUUCUGAUGGGGUCACAGAAGCUAGAGGUCCAAAUGGUGAAGGAUGUGAGUCUGACUGUGAGAGAAGAACUUAUGGAUGUUGUGCAGAUAACAAAACUCCUGCACGAGGCCCCAAUGGAGAGGGAUGUCCUAGUGUUUGUGAGUUAUCAAGGUAUGGUUGUUGUCCAAACAGUAACAUUUCAGCAACUGGACCAAAUUUUUCAGGUUGUCCAUACACAUGUUACAGCAGUUUGUAUGGUUGUUGUUCUGACAACUAUACAGCUGCAAGAGGUCCUAAUAAGGAGGGUUGUCCAACAACAAGUUGCAAGUUGUCUAUAUUUGGUUGUUGUCCUAACAGUAACAUUUCAGCAUCUGGACCAAAUUACUCAGGUUGUCCAUACACAUGUUACAACAGUUUGUAUGGAUGUUGUUCUGACAACUACACAGCAGCAAGAGGCUCAAAUGGAGAAGGUUGCCCUAGCCCUUGUGAUGAGUAUCCGUAUGGAUGUUGUCAAGAUGGCAGAACACCAGCUAAGGGACCAAGGAAUGAGGGAUGUCCAACAACAGAUACAAUCUCUGAUUUCUGCGGCUUGAAGCCAGAGAGGGGACCUUGCAGGAACUAUACUGUGCUCCAUUUCUACAACAGUACAUCCAGGAGGUGUGAGAGAUUCUGGUAUGGAGGGUGUGAAGGGAAUGACAACAGAUUCAAAACCAAAGAAGAUUGUGAGGCCAAAUGUUCAGGAAAUACUCAGGAGAGACCCCCAGUAACAGCGAGACAGACCUGUGAGAACAGUUAUUAUAAAUGUUGUCCUGAUGGGGUGACUUUUGCCAGAGGACCAAAUUAUGAAGGAUGUCAGCAAACAGAGGCUGGGACAAGUAGCUCAGACUGUCAACAGCCAUCGGAUUCAGGCAGAAACUGUGAGGAGGCGAAGCUAGUCAUCAAGUGGUACUACAACAGAGACACCGCACGCUGUGAUCGCUUCUGGUUCAGAGGGUGUGGCGGAAAUGGCAACAAUUUUGAAACGGAAGACGAAUGUCGCCAGAAAUGUAGGGGCGGUAGUCGGCCGGUCACUAGGCAACCAGUCACUAGGCAACCAGUGGUGACUCGAGCACCAACCACACGAGCUCCGGUGUCAGGUCCGAUUUGUGAGUUAGAUCAUGACACAGGACCCUGUAGGGAAUACAAAGUACGGUGGUAUUACAAUAGAACGGAAGGGCGUUGUCUUCAGUUCUGGUAUGGUGGAUGCCAGGGAAAUGGCAACCGUUUUGAAACACAGAGAGAAUGUGACAACACUUGUCGUAGGGGACCAGUCACUUACCCCACUGAACGACCCCCUGUAACCCCAUCUGCAGCAGACCCUUGUCAGUUACCCCCUGUGGUUGGCCGGUGUAGGGCACGCCUACAGCGGUGGUACUAUAAUGCACAAAACAAAGAAUGUCAGCUGUUCACCUAUGGUGGAUGUGGCGGCAACGCCAAUAACUUCAGGAAUCGGAUGGAAUGUUUCAACAGAUGCAUGCCAAAAGACAUGAUAAGAAACCUCCACGUGGAAGAGUCGACCUCGGACAGAAUCAUCGUGGCCUGGGAACCUCCACAGAACAAUGACGUCCAGUCCUACACGCUGGCUUACAUGGGAACCAAGUACUACCGCGAUACAACCAAGCAGGACCCCAUGAAGGAGGUGAUUCUGACCCCUGAGACAAAGAACUAUACGAUGCAUGACUUGAUGGAUGGGGCUGAUUACAUGAUCAAUAUGUAUCCAGAGUUUAAUAAUGGCAGAGGGAGCGGUCCAAAGAGCAGCAUCAUGGCCAAGACACGAACAUUAGUGCUCUGCGAUGAUUCAAUCUAUGGCUGCUGUCCUGAUGGCAUUACUGCUGCGUCUGGGAAGAACUACGAGGGUUGUGACUCCGAUCCCUGUAAGAAUUCUAGAUUUGGCUGUUGUGAAGAUGGAGUCAGUGAAGCCACAGGGCCUAACUUUGAGGGUUGUGACCUUGAUGGUCGACCUUCAGGGGAUUUUUGCAAUGAGACUGUGUAUGGCUGUUGUCCAGAUGGGGAAACCCCCGCCCAGGGGGCCAACCAUUACGGCUGUCCUAAGGAGCCAGAGGUGACCCCUGUUGGAGUUUGCCGAAUGAAAAAUGACCACGGAACCUGUACCGAUUAUGUUGUCAAGUGGUUUUACAAUUCCACCGCUAGCCGCUGUGACCGGUUCUGGUAUGGUGGCUGUGGUGGUAAUGACAACCGCUUUGACGAUGAAGAAUCUUGCUCACGCCGGUGUGGACAGACUGGGCCAGAUACAGGCUCAAAGCCUGUCUGUGAACAGCCCAGGGUCACGGGUCCCUGUAGGGCAUAUUUCAAGAGGUAUUAUUUUAAUGGGCGAGAGUGUGAAGAGUUUGUGUACGGAGGAUGUCAGGGCAACGACAACAAUUUCGAAACUCAGGAACAGUGCGAGUCCACCUGUGAAAUCGACAUCGAUAACACAAAAGGAGAAGAAACUUGUCAGCAGUCCAUGGACACAGGGCCCUGCCGGGGUAACAUCCCAAGAUGGUACUACGAUACCCCAUCCAAACAGUGCCUAGAAUUCAAUUACGGAGGUUGCCAAGGAAACACAAACAAUUUCGAGACCCGAGAGGAAUGUCAGAAAUCGUGUGCUUCUGAUAGCGGCUCAGGAGGGGAAGAUCAAGAUGUGUGUCGAAUGACUUCCGACUCGGGGCCUUGCAGGUCGAGCAUACCUCGAUGGUUUUACGAUUACAAUCUUGGGAUCUGUAAAGAAUUCAUUUAUGGAGGUUGUAAUGGAAAUCAAAAUAAUUUCGAAACUCAACAAGAAUGUGAAUCUUCUUGUAGUAGACAACAUGUUUGUAAACCUUUUGAGACUGGACAAAUUCAGUGCCUUGCCUAUCACCGCCGUUACAAAUAUGACCCCAGUAAAGGGGAUUGUGAACAGUUUAUUUACGGAGGAUGCCGUGGAAACUCCAACAAUUUCGCAACUUUAGAGUCUUGUCGCAGAAAGUGUGCCCCUGAAGUAUUACUGCAGACCACUACAGAAUCCUCAAUUGAAGGGAGUGGGAACCUAGAAGAAGAGUACUGUCACCUGCCAAUGGAGAAAGGGAAGUGUAGGGCACUGAUUCCGGCCUGGUACUAUGAUCACCUGACUGGGUUAUGUAACCAGUUCGAAUACGGGGGAUGUGAUGGAAACGACAACCGCUUCACCAGUCGCGAAGUGUGCGAAUCUUCUUGUAGUCGGGACAAUGUUUGUAAUUUGGAUACUGAAGUUGGCAACUGCCUGGCCCUGAUUCCGAGGUACACUUACAACAAAGUCACCGGGACCUGUGAAUCUUUCUCCUACGGGGGCUGUGGAGGAAAUGCCAAUAAUUUCGAUUCUUUAGAGGCUUGCAACAGAAAAUGUGGACAAACUGUGCCGUCCUGCUCUAACCAGGAAUUCCAGUGUGGCAAUGGGCAGUGUGUAUCUAUAAGGCAGCGUUGUGAUGGCAUACCAGACUGCACUGAUCGAUCUGACGAGGAUUCAAGUUUGUGUGGUUCCAGAUCAUGCCCUGAAGGUUAUUUCCGUUGCUCAGAUGGCACUUGUGUUGCUGGGGCUCGCUGUGACGGCAGACAAGAUUGCAGAGACAACUCGGAUGAAUCAUCUUGUGAACCCUCCAGAUCAUGCCCUGAAGGUUAUUUCCGUUGCUCAGAUGGCACCUGUGUUGCUGGGGGUCGCUGUGAUGGCAGACAAGAUUGUAGAGACAACUCGGAUGAAAAUCAGUGUGGUCUGAGUGCCUCCCCUACAGACGUGGAUGUAUCUCCAUCCAGGGGAGACAGUUUCACCGUGUUACUGAGAUGGAGGGCACCUGCUACCACGGGUCUGAAUCCAAUUGUUGAUUACCUGAUCUCCUACACAAACAAGGAGCCUAACUCAGACAGUAGUCAGUGGUACACACAGCAGGUAGACGGAGGCCGAGAGUACGCCUACGUAACAGGACUACAGCCAGACUCCACGUACUAUUUCAAGAUACAGGCCAGGAACAGGAUUGGUUAUGGACCUUAUUCUGGAACUGUCAUCUAUGUUGCACCAUCAAGGACAACCGUUGCACCCAGAAACAAAGAUCCCAAGUGCCUGCUUCCAGUUGACAGAGGAAGCUGUAGUAACAUGACAGUUAUGUACUACUAUGACCCAUCUAUCAGUGACUGUAGACCCUUCAGGUGGUAUGGCUGUACUGGUAAUGCUAACAGGUUUAGUACUGGACAGGAGUGUAGAGAAGCCUGCUGGGAUAGGUACAAUGUUAUACCCACAGAGCGACCCAGGGUCACCACUAGACGACCUACUUAUCCCACUGAGAGACCCCGCUUUACCACCCGAAGGCCCACGUACCCCACAGAGAGACCCAGAGUUACCACCCAGAGGCCUACCACCACUAGAGAGUACACCCUCAAUGUGGACCUGUGUGAUGAGACAUCUGACAGAGGUACCUGUUCGAAGUGGGAAGUCAAGUGGUACUUCAAUAAGACUGAGGGAGAGUGUCGGCAGUUCUGGUAUGGAGGAUGUGAUGGAAACGCCAAUAGGUUCGACGAUGAAAGGGAGUGCCGUGAAGUCUGUAUAAAUAGACAGCGCCCAACACCAGCCCCCACAAAAGCCCCGGAUGACAAAGAUAACGAGAUAGAUGACAGGAAUUGUGGGUCUCGAUUCGGCUGCUGUCCCGACGGAAUCACCCCAGCUAGAGAUUUCUACUUCAGUAACUGCAAUGAUGAAGCUGGUCCAGAUACUGAUGUGAUUGAGGGAGAUUAUACAUCAUUGAUAGAGGUGCCAGACUCUGAUGUCGUAAUACCGUGUAAUAAAUACAGAUCAGGAUAUGGUACCAUCUCAUGGUACAAAGAUGGAUUCCAAAUAACAAAGAGUGACAGACUGGUAGUAAAUCUGGAUGGUUCACUAUUGAUUCAUAUGGCGACACUGGAUGAUAGUGGCAUGUAUGCCUGUCGUGUUGCAGAAAUUGGAUCCACCCCAGAAAUAGAGAGGUUUAGACUGCAAGUAGAAGCCCGUGGAGUUGCAGCUCCUAUCACAAUUUUCCCGACACCAGCCAUGAUUGUGGUUCAGCCGGGAGCGGACGCCUUCCUCCAUUGUCAGGCCUACGGUAACCCCCAGCCCCGGGUUGCCUGGUCUCGGGACGGGUACGACGUAUCCAGGGACCCACGGUUCACCGUGUACCGUAACGGUACCCUGAUCAUACAGAGGACGAUAGAACAGGACAUGGGAAGCUACCUCUGUGUGGCCAGCAAUGGUGUGUCCACACCGGAGCAAAGGAUCGUCAAGCUACAGCUCAGAGAGUCUUUGAGGGCAAGAAUUGACCGUUCAGAGGAGACAAAACGAGAGGGUGAGGCCCUUUACUUGACGUGUUCAGGCAUUGGGUACCCCACUCCAACGAUUUCCUGGAGGAAGAAUGGGCUACCAUUAACAACUGACCAGAGAAUAAAAAUCCAGGGGGGCAGUAUGAGGAUUAUAAACCUGGCCCUCGAGGACACAGGCACUUACACCUGCGUGGUGAGGAAUGAUGAGGAGACAGUUGAGGACACUGUGUCAAUUCAAGUUGUUCCAUUUGAUUUAGUUCCCUCAACUUGUGUAGACACAGCCAAUAAAAUCAAAUGUUCACUGAUUGUUAGCGCGCGCCUUUGCGGCCACACCCGAUACUCAAAGCCUUGCUGUGAGAGCUGCCAAAGGGCGCGAGAGAAAUUAAUGCGACAGUCAGGAAAACGCAGGAAAUGAGAAGGCACUGCCACCUUUAAUACUCAGCCACUCUCUGCGUCACGCCCUAAUGUAACAACACUUGUAUACACUAUGUAAACUAGUUUCUCCAUUCUCCUCCUUAUAUAUAAUUCAUUACAAAUCUUAGGUUAAGCAAUUUGAUAUGCAUGUAUAAGGUUACCUUUUUUGUAUUUUUAUAAUUAUAUAAAAGUGUAUGCUGUUAAUUUGUGUAUAUGUCUUCUGGUCUGUUAGUACUUUGUACUAGGUAUAGAUCACAUGAGAAAUCCUUGCUUUUUUUCUGUAAAAAAUCAUUUUUCCCCAAGUUUAAUGUGUAUUCACCUUUGUCUUACUACAUGCUAGCUAUAGGGCUGACGGUGGCACUGAGGCCAGUUAACAUUCCAAGAGAAUUAUUGGAUCUGUAUUGAGUAUUAUGUUAAUUAUAUGCAUGUAAUCAUUCUCAAGAAAAAAAAACAGAUUGAUACCAAAGUAUGUAAAUUAUAAUAAGCCUAAUAACAUUAUGUAGCCAUAUUCCACACUUUUUUAAUCUCACACUGUAUAGAGAAUGUUUAUAUAGUGAAUUAUUCAUGUAUUUUGAAAUUGAUAUUGCCUUUGUUAGGUGAAAUCGGUCAAGUGAUUAGUUAAUUUACAGAUUAUAUUAAGAUUGUAAUUAAGGAGAGUAAAAACGAGAAUGCUGGGAGACUAUUCAUCAGAAAACAUGGAUAUGUUAGGAAUUUUUGUGUUAAAUGAUGUAUUUUAGCUAGCUAUUCAGAUUUUUAAAUUGCAGUUCAAGAAAAACCAUUAGAUACCUCUUUCUGUGUUACUAUGCAAUGGUGCUCAUUUAGUAUUGCUUUUCUUAUUAAGUCUACACCUUAUACAAAAAGCAGUGUCAUUUUAUAUUGUUUACAAAAAUCUGGAUUUUUAAUAAAUGUUGUAAAUUUUC